CGUGCACACUCCCAAAACUAUCGUCCGCGGUGGCGCAUUGAACGUCGUUCACGUCGCGUUCGUCCUCGUGUUCCUCGAGAGUCCAGUUUCCAUGCGAUCCCACCGUAACGCUCGCUUCCCCUGUCGCUGACAAUUAAUCCUCGACAACCCCCGAUCGGGAAUGCCGUCGUUCGAACGGAUGGUCACGCGUCGCGACGCGGACGUCUGAUCGACACCGACGGAGAGGAGAAGCUACGAACUAGUGUGCCCGUGGAAAACACAGUGAUCGAGACUCGAGUGGAUGGCCUGAUUUAUGACAGUGCAGUGAAUCCGCUGUUGUUGUUCGGUUUAUCGUAUUCGCGUUCCGUCUUGGACGCGCCGAGGGAACCUUUCAAACGUUCGAGACGACAGAGUGAGACGAGAGUCUCGACCACGGCAGCAAAAUUGAGCUGGACUUGCACCAACGGGCCGCCGGCCACUUUAUGAGAGCCGGUGGCAACAUGUGCGACGGCUCCUUCACGGAGACCCUGCGCGGUAUGCAGGGCAUGUCGGGCACGUCGCCUCCUGGCGGCGGGGGGGUUGGACCCAUGGGGGUUGGCCUCGGCAGCCCUCUCGGCCCGGCCACGAAGAAGGCGCAGGUGGAGCACAUCAAGAGGCCGAUGAACGCCUUUAUGGUCUGGUCGCGGCUACAGCGACGGAAGAUCGCGCAGGAGAACCCGAAGAUGCACAACAGCGAGAUCUCGAAGAGGCUUGGCGCUGAAUGGAAGCUUCUCACGGAGGACGAGAAACGGCCGUUCAUCGAUCAGGCGAAGAGGUUACGGGCGCAGCACAUGAAGGAACACCCUGAUUACAAAUACAGGCCCAGAAGAAAGCCAAAAACCUUGCGGAAGGAGGGCUACCCUUACAGCAUUCCGUACCCGAGCGUGCCCAUGGAUGCGCUUCGUGCUGGAAUGGCUGGCAGUAUGGGACAAGCUGGAAUGGGUUCCUACUACGGUCCCGCUGCGGCUUAUGGUUCUCUCUCCGCAGCAAGCAUGGCCGCAGCGGCGGCUGCGGCUGCCCAGCAGUCUGCAGCGGCGAUGUCCGCCGGUCUCGGAGCACCUGCUCAGGUGGUGAGCUCGAUGGAUGCGAUGAAGUACUCCAUGGAGGCGGACAAGUACCGCGCCGCCUACAUGCCACCCAGCACCCUGGCGAUGAGCAUGUACUCGGACCCCAAGUACCUGGACUCCAGUCCAAAAUCGUACCUGGACCGAAGCUACCUGGACUCCGCGAAGGCGUAUUUCGAGCAAUCGAAGCUCUACAUGGACCAGAAGCAGACGAUAGUCGAUUACAAUCGGCCCAGUUACGAGCACAACAAGCUCUACGAGGAGUCCAGCCCUGGUAGCGUGGUAGGCGGGGGUGGUUCGACGAGGUCCCCAGCGGCAGAGUCACCCGACAUGAGCAAACAACACGAGAGGACCGAGCAAGGCUCGUCCAGCGCGAGUUCCACGUCGACUUCCUCGGCUGCGAGUCCUGGCGCGAGCCUACCGGCUUAUUAUCCAGGCUCGGUUCAAAGUAGCGGCCUGCUCGGACCCCAGAUAAGCCAGUACAGCGGCUAUCAAACCGCCCCCGCACCUGGAAACGAGUCCUUCCGACGACCAUUGGCUGUCCUCUUCUGACCCGAUAGAACGUAGCUCUGAUCCAUCUUCGAGGAGCAAUUGCCCUAGAGUCCGAUCCGAAAGUGUCGCGUUCCGGAGGUGUUUGGGUGUGCAUCGUCGAUGACCCGGAGGUCGAUCGACGAAGGGAACAGGGUUCCUGGCGGUGCGAAUAACGAAGCUGAUCGAGGAAAAGCUGAUCAUGACUGGAAGAGGCUUCGAAGAGGCUUCCUUGUAUUUGUUCACGUUGAAACACAGGGAGUUGUUAUCGAAGUCUUCGCGAAUGGAUCGAAAUGAAAAAUGAAUAUUAUAGGAUCUUAACGUAUCUUGAUAAUCCAGCAUCAAAGGUUCAACCUGUGAGACCUCGGACCUCCUUCAAAGUCCAACAAGUCGGAGCAACGAUUUCUAUAGAACGCGGUAAAGUGACACGGUUCGAAGCUUCAAUCUCGCCGCGACUAAGACCAACGGCUCUGACUUUCAAGACCAGGACCCGUGAAUGCACAUCCCAUGGAACGGAUACCUCGUGAAUGGGCCAACGCGAUGCGAAAACAGGGCCAGCAACGGUGCGCAUCGUUGACGUUAACAACGAAAUUGAAACACUCCGUUCUAAUCACCCCCCGGAGCAACGAUUAUUUAUCAGACAUAGGUUUCGGCCUUUCCAGGACGAAAUUAUAAAGAGAAUUGUACAUAGUCCUCGUGUAAAUAGCGUAGCAAGGAUUAUUAACAUGCACGACGUUCGAAAACGGUUUUCCUUCAGCCCUGUUCCCGGCGUUCUUUUGUGUCCCGCAGCCUCGAGGCAGCUACAUCUUCCAGGACACCCACGUGGUGCCAGGACCUCCUGCUACGAUCAUCGGCAGUCUUAGGCCGUUGUCGUACCUGACCGACGCGACUGAACGAGUUGUACGUUGACGCGAUGAUGGAAAUUGCCCGAAUCCGUGGACGAAUGCAGUUUGGUUUGUUUCAAAUAUUAAUUUCAUUGUUUUUAUUAAACAAUUGUCUCGCAGUCAUCUCUAUAUUUUGAUAUUCAGAAUCGAAGGUUCUUGGAUGAGUCGAUGGGUCUAUGUAACUAUAUACAUAACAAUAAUGACAACAUCUAUCUUUGACAGUUUCUUAUCGAUUAUUUUGAUACUUGGAUCGAUUCUGUUCUUCACUUUUUUUUUUAUUGCAAUGUGUCCGAUCGCAUCGUUUAGGCGAGAGGACGGCUUUAGACUGGUGAAUGGGAUUCUCUUUCGCAGAUCCCAAGAUGGGUGGCGUUUUCUUGCGCCAGGAACUGAACAGGAAACGCGUUUUCCGCGCGGACGUUCGAAUCGUAAUCGCUGUACAUAGAUUCCCUCCAGUUCGUCGAAGUAUGUCGCGCCCUUUCCUCGCAUUCCUGUUUUCCCAACGACGAUCGUCGUUGGUCCCUGUCCCCUCUAUCCUUAAAGCCCGUUUUCACGUGACGUUGAGUGUCACAGCUUUUAAUCCCGUGACAUCGAGUGUCACAACUUUCAAAUUCGUGACGUUGUGUAUGUUACGUACUUUCCAUUAUGAAAAAUUGAAUGUCCCGUUAGCAUGACGUUCCAAUCACAGCUGACGGGUUGUCAUGGUGUAAAUUUCCCUCCGGCGUGUAUUCUGUUAUUUUUCGUACGAAUAAUUUCUUUCGAAAGGUUAAGAGCCGCCAAAAUCAUUCGUGUUGUAUUAUCAACUGUGUUAUCGUAAACGAACCUCUAUGAAAACACAAGAAUUAAUAAAUACAACUACUUAUGGAUCAUGGUGACGCGAUUUUAGCGACUCUUCAGCGCUUUUAAGUAAAUUAUUUACAUGAAAAAUGAAGAAAUUAAUAAUAAAAUGGAGACGACGUCGCAACAAGAAUCGUGACUUGAUGUCACGUGAACGCGUAGCUUCGGACGCGGUGCGACGGACAUUUGUUAUUUGUUUAAUUCCAAGUUAAAGAGUCUCUUAGCUUAUUUAUUAUCUCCAAACUUUUUGUUGUAUACGUUGUUCAUCGAGCUGGUAUCGCUGGACUCGUCGACGGAAGCAGACAAAAUUUGAUUCGAGUAACGAGUAAACUCAUCCUACAAGAAUUUAUUUGUGACGAUUAAAUUUUUAUUCGUUCCAUUCCAUAACUGAAAUUUUAACGUUUAUCCAACGACCAAUUUACUCCUUACUCGAGACAGGACUACAUCCAGACAGGAAUUCUGUCUAUUUCUAGUCGAGGGUCCCUCGGGAUGGCGUGUAAUCGUCCAGUGACACCGAUAAGACUAUGCAUCGUCGAAAAACGCGUUUCCAAACUAUUAUUUACCCCUCUGCAUCACUUCGCUCCGACUUCGUUUUUGUUUGUUCCCCGCGAACGAAAGCACUCAGUGCUCCCGCGGUUGGUUUUCCUUGUUUUGUUUACGUACGUUCGGUUGAAGGAUUUCACGUGAGAGAGAUUUUAUAGAUGUUUCGCGAGAGUGAGCAAGAGAGAAAGUGAGAGAGCGAGGAGGAAUGUUAUAAUGAAAAAUUAGGGAGCUUUGGCGAAACGUUCACGCCCCGCUGUACGACGUGUAACCUUUGUAUUUGUAUCGUUACGAUAAAUCUUAAACUGUACCGAUUAUUCGAGUAUUACAUUUAAAGCGGCAGAAGUAACCUAUAAAUAUUGUACUGUAAGUGAGACAGCAAAAUAAACGUUAAGUAUUAUCCUUCGAAA